AACUUCUGAUGGAACAGCUGUGAAUGGUACAGACUAUACGGCCGUUACUGACACCCUAGACUUUCAGCUGACUAACAACAGAGUCGCUUUGAGUGUUCCAAUCAUGGAUAACGGCGUGGAAAACGAAGAUUACGUAUAUUGUUUCACCUUGACAUUGUCAAAUCCAAAUCCAGCUGGCACUCUUGGGGCAAACUCACAAGUCUGCAUCAUCGAUAAUGAUAAUUACUUUGGUGGUACUUGCCCCCCACCGGAAGCUGUGAUAGAAUCCAAUGGACAAGCAGUCAUUGAGGUCAAUGUCACCAGUGCUAGUGAUACUGCUGUCAUCACGUGGACCGACCCUACGCCUGCUGGUGUAGGGUGGACGUACACAUGCUUCCCUAUAGGGACGCCGCCUAGUAAUGAUUGUAACGACAGGGUUUCCUUUCCCAUUUCAUACACAUUCACUUCUAAUGGAUACAACAGAAGGAUUCUGGUCACAUACACGGUCUAUGCUACACUUAUACCAACAGUGACAUCGAAGCACUGUGAAUUUUACCUGCGUGUUCUUGAUCCGUUCCCCCCGGAGAUUACCUGCCCAAGUGAUAUUGUAGAAGCAGCAGGUGAAGGCAUCAUGAACGGCACGGCUGACUGGGUCGAACCAGUCGGCACAGACAACUCAGAAGUCACAACUAACUCGUAUUCGCCGCCUUUGUUUCUGAACAUCGGCUCCCAUGAGUUCACCUACACCGCUGUGGACAGCUCUGGAAAUGAAGCGUCCUGCUCUUUCAAUGUUGCUAUCACUGAUGGGACAGCCCCUGAGAUAGAUUGCCCAGCCAACAUCGACACAGACACAGAUCCCCAGCAGAGCUAUGCCACGGUGAUGUGGAAUGCACCCAAUGUCACGGAUAAUUCUGGUGAGGUGAUCGAACCAGUGCUGUCUUCGGCAUCCGGAUCCACAUUUGAAAUAGGCAACCACACCGUGGAGGUAACUGCCACAGAUUCCCACAACAACACCGGCAUGUGCUCCUUCACCGUUAUCGUUCGAGAUCUUGAACCUCCUGUGAUCACGUGUCCAGCUAACAUGACCGUUCCGACCAAUGCAAGUGUAGACAACGUAACACUGGCACUUCCUGAUCUGGCCUCGGCCUCCGACAACUUGGGAACAUAUGAUGUCAAAAUUGCCAUCGCUGACAUUCUGUACUCGGUGGGGGAGAGUGUAACGCUUUAUCUUGCGACUGGCGAAUAUGCACUACAGUACAAUGUUACUGACCCUGCAGGAAACAGCGAGAGUUGUUAUACAUUCCUCACCGUUGUCGAUGAGGAGGCGCCUACCAUCACCUGUCCAUCAGUGGGUUCAAGCACCACAGAUCUUGGCUUGCCAACUGCCAAUGUAUCCUUCCCUGAUGCUACUGCCUCUGAUAACUCCAUGCUGGCAGUCACAUUCAGUGCCAAUGCCACAUCCGAUACCCCUUUCAAUAUCGGUGAUACUGUUGUCCAGUUUGUCGCCACCGAUAACAGCGGGAACACUGACGAUUGCUUUUUCACCAUCACAGUAAUAGAUGAUGAGGACCCUGUGGUAGACUGCCCUAUGAACAUUGAAGUCGAUGCAGACCUGGGACAGAACUACUCCACCGUGAUGUGGCAUGCUCCCAACGUGACUGAUAACUCUGGUGAAUCCAUCACACCAACGCUGAGCCACAACUCAGGAGAUCAGUUUCCAUUUGGAUUAACCACAGUCACUGUGAAUGCCACCGACUCCAGUUUCAACGUUGGCUCGUGUGCCUUCACUGUUUAUGUUCUAGAUCCUGAGCCUCCGAUGAUUACCUGCCCGGACAAUCAAACGAGAUCCACAGAUCUGAAUGUAAAUCAUGUCAGCCUUGCACUACCUGAUGCAGCCUCUGCUUCUGACAACUCGGGAUCAUAUGUCAUCACCAUUGAUGUUGCUGGUUCUAUAUACAGCGUUGGUGACAGCGUUUCCCUUGACUUGGCUACUGGUCAACAUUUACUGCAGUACAUCAUCAGAGACAAUGCCUUGAAUAACGAUACGUGCGAUAUGUACAUCACUGUGAUUGAUGAUGAAGAUCCAAGGAUCACAUGUCCAGCGGCAAUGACAGUUCCUACUGAUGCUGGCUUAGCCACAGCCAAUGUAACCUGGGAGCUAGCCACUGUCGUGGAUAACUCCAUGCUGCCCAUUACACCUGUAGACGAUCCAGUAUCUGGUUCAAUCUUACCCAUUGGUGAUACUACAGUGCGGUUUAAUGCUACGGAUGAAAGCGGCAACAGUGCCUAUUGUACCUUUGUGGUAACAGUUGAAGAUAUGGAGCCGCCAUCAAUAAACUGCACAGAUCUCACAUUUUCAACAUCACCUGGCUUACCAACUGCCUACGUGACUUACGAUGAACCCCCUGCCACUGACAAUGUUGGAGUGAUGAAUACCAAUUGUUUCUAUGUUGAGACUUCUGGGCAAGUACUCAGUGUCGGCAUGCACCAAGCUAUUUGUGUGGCUACUGACUCAUCUGAUGAGAGAUUGACAGACGUAUGCACUUUAAUUAUCACUGUUGAGGAUAACGAAACUCCCAACAUCACCUGUCCUGCCAAUGAGACAGUUGCCACUGAUGGCGGUGCAGCUGUGGCUACAUUUGUCUUACCGGAUCUAGACUCUAGUGUUGACAACACUGAGAACUUCACCGUCUCCAUUGAUGUCGCUGGUGCCCAGUAUGACAUUGGUGACAAUGUAACGCUGAGCCUGGCUACCGGUGUGCAUCUGUUGCAGUACACUGCAACUGACUCUUACAAUAACAGUGAAAUGUGCGAUAUGUUCGUAACUGUGAUUGAUGAUGAAGAUCCAAUGAUCACAUGUCCAGCGGCAAAGACAGUUCCUAAUGAUGUUGGCCUAGCCACAGCCAAUGUAACCUGGGAGCUAGCCACUGUCAUGGAUAACUCCAUGCUGCCCAUUACACCUGUGGAUGAUCCAGUAUCUGGUUCAAUCUUACCCAUUGGUGAUACUACAGUGCGGUUUAAUGCUACGGAUGAAAGCGGCAACACUGCCUAUUGUACCUUUGUGGUAACAGUCGAAGAUGAUGAGGACCCUGUAGUAGACUGUCCUAUGGACAUUGAAGUCGAAGCAGACCCUGGACAGAACUACGCCACCGUGAUGUGGUAUUCUCCCAACGUGACUGAUAACUCUGGUGAAUCCAUCACACCAACGCUGAGCCACAACUCAGGAGAUCAGUUUCCAUUUGGAUUAACCACAGUCACUGUGAAUGCCACCGACUCCAGUUUCAACGUUGGCUCGUGUUCCUUCACUGUUAAUGUUCUAGAUCUUGAGCCUCCGAUGAUUACCUGCCCGGACAAUCAAACGAAUUCCACGGAUCUCAGUGCAGAUGAUGUCGCAGUUGCACUACCUGAUGCAGCCUCUGCUUCUGACAACUCGGGAUCAUAUGUCAUCACCAUCGACGUUGCUGGUUCUACAUACAUGGUCGGCAACAGUGUUACCCUCGACUUGGCUACUGGUCAACAUUUACUGCAGUACAUCAUCAGUGACAAUGCCUUGAAUAAUAACACAUGCGAUAUGUUCAUCACUGUGAUUGAUGAUGAAGAUCCAAGGAUCACAUGUCCAGCGGCAAAGACAGUUCCUACUGAUGAUGGCUUAGCCACAGCCAAUGUAACCUGGGAGCUAGCCACUGUCAUGGAUAACUCCAUGCUGCCCAUUACACCUGUAGACGAUCCAGUAUCUGGUUCAUUCUUACCCAUUGGUGAUACUACAGUGCGGUUUAAUGCUACGGAUGAAAGCGGCAACAGUGCCUAUUGUACCUUUGUGGUAACAGUUGAAGAUGAUGAGGACCCUGUGGUAGACUGCCCUAUGGACAUUGAAGUCGAUGCAGACCCUGGACAGAACUAUGCCACCGUGAUGUGGCAUGCUCCCAACGUGACUGAUAACUCUGGUGAAUCCAUCACACCAACGCUGAGCCAGGACUCAGGAGAUCAGUUUCCAUUUGGAUUAACCACAGUCACUGUCAAUGCCACCGACUCCAGUUUCAACCUUGGCUCGUGUUCCUUCACUGUUAAUGUUCUAGAUCUUGAGCCUCCGAUGAUUACCUGCCCGGACAAUCAAACGAAUUCCACGGAUCUCAGUGCAGAUGAUGUCGCAGUUGCACUACCUGAUGCAGCCUCUGCUUCUGACAACUCGGGAUCAUAUGUCAUCACCAUCGACGUUGCUGGUACUACACACAUGGUCGGCAACAGUGUUACCCUCGACUUGGCUACUGGUCAACAUUUACUGCAGUACAUCAUCAGUGACAAUGCCUUGAAUAAUAACACAUGCGAUAUGUUCAUCACUGUGAUUGAUGAAGAAGAUCCGGUUCUGACGUGUCCCGAGGACCAGAUGGUCGUGGUUCCGGACAACCAAUUGGAAGCCACCGUCACCUGGCUUCCACCCACUGUGACCGACAACUCGGGCGAGGUCCCCGAAGCAUUCCCCUCCCAGGAGAACGGGACAGCCGUACCGAUUGGUGUAGAGACUACCAUUUUCUACAACGCAACAGACUCUGCAGGCAACACUGGCUACUGCGACUUCACCAUUCUUGUGAUAGACAAUGUACCACCGGUCAUCACCUGCCCAGCUACCUUGACAGAGCCAACAGCAUUCAACAAGUUUUACGGCCCCGUCACCUGGGUCCCGCCUACAGUGACCGACAAUGUUCCGGCGACGGUCACGGUCAUGUCGGAUUACGUUAACGGCAGUAACUUUGACCUGGGAGAUACAGUCGUGACUCUAACAGCUAUUGAUGCCGCUGGUAACAACGAUACAUGCCAGUUUACAAUCACUAUCGUCGACUUGGAGCCGCCAGUUAUUUACAACUGUUCAGACGAUUUCAAUGUCACCACUGAGCCUGGAGAGGCCUAUGGGAUACCAGUGUUCACUGAGCCCACGGCCCAGGAUAACUCGGGCUCUGUCACCAUCGCUGGUCUGGGCCGGUCGGGGACCCAAUUCCUCAUCGGCCCGACUGAAGUCACAUAUGUAGCAAUCGAUGCCGCUAAUAACCCCACUGCGUGCAGGCUGACCAUCCUUGUGAUUGAUGAUGAACAUCCAGCAAUUCAAUCAGCAUCAGAAUGUCCUGCGGACAUCGUGGAAUUUAUACAGGACGCAAACUCGGACAACGUAACAGUGACGUGGACUGACCCCGUCUUUGAGGAUAACUCUGGAAUCGCUCCCACGGUAACGGUCACUCCACUAGCUAACAACUCGUUCUUCCCAGAAGGCAACACCACCGUUACCAUAGUAGCUGAAGAUCAGUCCGGCAACACAUUUGAGUGUGUUUUCUUGGUGACUAUUAAUGUGUAUGAUAUGACUCCACCUGUGUUCAGCGCUUGUCCACCCAGUUUUUCUCCCGUGGCGACCGACCCUGGUUUGGACACGGCCUCACCAUUUGAUUUUGGCAUCACGGUUAGCGAUACCGGAAGUGGCGUUGAGAGUGCUGUCCUAUCAACCAACAUGCCGUAUCAGAUCGGUGACAACCUUGUGUCAUUGUUUGCCCGGGACUUUGCAGGCAACGUUGACUACUGCAACUUCAAUGUGACUGUCUCUGACAACGAAAUGCCCAAUAUUACCAGUUGCCCAGUAGACCAAACAGUCUUUACCCGGACUGACAGUCCGUAUGGGUUCCCUACCUGGAUGGAUCCUGUCGCUGUGGACAACUCUGGCGUCGUCACAGUCAACUGCUCCAUGCAGUCUGGAGAUGCCUUUGUUAUCGCCGACACAACCGUGGUGUGCACAGCCUGGGAUCCCAGUAACAACAUGGAGACGUGCUCAUUCAUCGUUACCGUUGUCGAUAACCAGCCUCCCGUUGUGACGUUCUGUCCGGAAAACAUCAACCAGGGGACUGAUGCAGGCGAAGCCACAGCCGUUGUUACUUUCAGCCAACCAACGGCAACGGAUAAUGACGGACUGCCGAUCAUCCCAGUCGGUUCCCAUCCCAAUAAUUCAACAUUUGACCUGAACGAUACCUACGUCUCCUUCACCUUUACGGACUCCAGUGAUAACGUCGCAUAUUGCAACUUCACUAUCACAGUAGUUGAUGAUGAGGCACCAACUGCUGGUGACACCUGCCCCAACGACACCUUGGUCUACACCCCUACAGGCAGGCCUACCGCCCCGGUACAAUGGGUCAUUCCAAUGGCCUUUGACAAUGUCGGGGUCGUUGGUACAUCGUACACCCACCUUCCUGGUGAUGAGUUUCCCAUCGGCAUGACAACUGUGGUUUAUACGAGUACGGAUGCUGCCGGUAAUGUGGGCACAUGUCAGUUUGUGGUUGAAGUGCAAGAUACGGAAAACCCAGUGUUUGACCUGUGUCCGCUGCCUAUAACCCAGCCAACGGACCAAGGCAGCCCUGAUGCUACCGUCUUCUGGACUGUGCCUAAUGUGACGGACAACUCCGGCAUCAUAGCGUCCCUGGAUGUCAGUAAUGUACCUGGUGAAAUGUUCUCUAUUGGCCCACACACUGUGACCUACACGGCUGUGGAUGAAGACAAUAACAUCGGCACCUGCAGCUUUCCUAUAACGAUCUCUGAUGAUGAGGCUCCUGUGCUGGAUAAUUGUCAAAAUAACGUCACGUUGUAUGUGCCACCUGACUCAACACAGCUGAGUGCCAGCUGGCCUUUUCCUACGGCCACCGACAACGCGGGACCACCCACGGUCUUCAAUGCCACCUAUACAGAAAUUGCAGUCAGCCAGAGUCCGGUCACUGUAACCAUAGACUGGCAGGCUGGGUUUGUCACCGUCCAACAGCUGUACAUCGGACACUAUCAAUGCAUCAUCAGAGCAGAGGAUGCGGCUGGCAAUUCUGUAGAGUGUGUCACAGAAUUGUGGAUUCUCGAUGAUGUCAAGCCUGUCUUUGAUCAAUGCCCUCCUGUACUCCAAGCAAGCUACCCAACUGACUUGAACCUCCCAACAGCCGUCGUCAGUUGGACUCCACCAAAUGUAACCGAUAACAGUGGGGGAACUGUCACGGUCGAUGCCAGUCAUAUGCCAGGGAUGGCAUUCGACAUUGGAGUAACAACAGUCACAUUGGAUGCUACUGAUGACAGUGGCAACAUGGAGUCAUGCGUGUUCAAUGUCACUGUUGUCGACGAACAGCGACCCAAUGUGACCUGCCCUUCUGGCUUCACACUCUACACUGAUCCACAAUCCAACGUUAGCACUGGUGGCUGGUCUCUGCCUGAUGAUGCAUUUGAUAAUUCUGGUGUCUUCACUGCGACAUCGUCACUGGAUCCUACAGAACCACUGGCUGUUUCUAAUCACCAUGUCUCCUACACUGUUGUGGAUGCAGCCGGCAAUGACAUUAAUUGUGAUUUCUACAUUACUGUGCUUGACAACGAGGAUCCCUACUUUGAGCCGUGCCCGGCUUCGAUGACAUUUCAAACUGACCCACAGCAGAACACCGCCAAUGUGACAUGGCCGCCUGUCAUUCCGAUGGACAACGAUGCAGUUCAGGAGUAUAGCUCCAACUACCAGCCUGGGCACUUAUUCCCAAUUGGUGACACAGACGUUGAGUACAACGUGACUGACACAUCAGGGAAUAAAGGUUCCUGCUUUUUUGUGGUGACAGUUGAAGACAUGGAGCCUCCUACUAUUACUUGUCCCGAUCCAGCCAUUGUAACUGACACAGACCCUCAACGGAGUGUCGCUAAUGUGACAUUUGUCACGACUGCUGCUGACAAUAGUGGGGAGUGGACAGUGUCAUGCACCCCAGCCUCGGCAACCAACUUCCAAGUUGGAGUGCAGAAUGUCAUGUGUAUCGCCACUGAUCCCUCGGACAACACCGAGACCUGCUCAUUUGCUGUCUUGGUAUCAGACAACGAAGAUCCCGUCUUUGAUUUCUGUCCGUCUGAUAUCACACUCAAUGAACCACUGGAGAGUUUCGUCAACUUCACCAUCAUGGUCAACUGGACUCUACCCGUGGUGACUGACAACGUGGACGUGGUUCGAUUGGAAGUAACUCAUGAACCAGGCAGUGUCUUUGGCAUUGGCAGUCACCUGGUUAUGUACACAGCCUACGAUGCUGCCGAUAAUAUGGCUACUUGUCAGUUCAACGUCUUUGUAAAUGACGUGCAGCCACCAGUCAUCACAGGCUGUCCCAUGAACCUUCCUAGGUUCCCAACUGACCCCACUCGGGAUACAGCCAGAGCAUUCUGGGAUGAACCUCAAGCUUCAGACAACUCGGGCAGCGUAACUCUGACCUCUAACUACGACGUUGGUGAUGCGUUCCCUGUCGGAGAUACCGUGGUGGUGUACACGGCAGAGGAUGGCAGUGGUAACGCCGUCAACUGCAGCUUUGUUGUCCAGGUCUAUGAUAACGAGCCUCCUGCAUUCACUGGCUGCCCCUUCCAAGGAGUCACCAGCGACACAAGUCUGCAGAGCGAUCGUGGAGUAGCUUCGUGGUCAGAACCUCAAGGCACAGAUAACGUGGCGGUAGCCAAUGAACAGUCAGACUACCGGCCAGGAGAUAGCUUCCCAUUGGGUGCAACUGUCGUGACAUACAAUGUGACUGAUACCGCGGGAUUGGUCGCCGAAUGUUCGUUCACUGUACUGAUCCAAGACAAUGAGGAUCCAGUCUUAGAGUGCCCGGAAGACAUAACCGUCAACAUCUUCACACAUCAAGGGAGCGUGGCUGUGAACUACACCACGGUCAAUGCCACGGAUUACGCCAGUGGGCUUGAUACAUUAACCUGCAGCGUUGCGUCGGGCUCGUCCUUCUCCAUCGGCACAAACGACGUCACCUGCACCGCUGAGGAUUUGGCCAACAAUGUCAACUUUUGCAUCUUCCGAGUGAUCGUGGUUGGGUCUGAUGACACCAUACUACCAGUGAUCUCCAACUGCCCGAUGAACAUCACGCUACCUUCCGACAACACUACGUCCACAACCAUCGUCAGCUGGACUCCCCCGACUGCCACUGACAACUCCGGUGACCCGGUCACCUUGGACGUCACCACAGAGCCAGGAUCGCCAUUCAGUCUUGGAGUCAGCGUGGUGACGUAUACUGCAACCGAUGCAGCUGGCCUGGUCAGCACCUGUGACUUCAGUGUCACCAUACUUGAUCUGGAGAACCCUCAUAUCCUGCAGUGUCCAGCGGACAUCACUCGGCCCACAGAUUCCGGGAUGGACUCGGCCGUUGUGGACUGGGCCUCCCCUGGGGCCAUUGAUAACUCGGGCACGGUCACGCUGGUCGCUAGUGAAACCCCAGGAUCUGCAUUCUACCUCGGAGUGACUUUCGUCACCUACACUGCAACCGACUCUGAUGACAAUGUGGAGCAGUGCAUCUUUAUGAUUGAAAUCAUAGAUGAGGAGGAUCCAGUGAUCACAGGCUGCCCCACUGUCCAGCUCCAGCGAGAAACAGAACCUGGCCAGAACUACUCCCUGGUCAUGUGGGAUGAGAUCGCCAUCAGUGAUAACAGCGGCAAUUGGACUGUGGAGACUACUGGCCCAUCCCAGGGGAGAAUCAAUGUCGGUGAUCAUCAAGUCACCUAUGUGGCUACAGAUUCAGCUGGCAACCCUGCACAAUGCAGCUUCUCUAUACGGGUUAUAGACACAGAGCUGCCUGUUUUCUCCAACUGUCCGACUGAGAUCAUCAAAUUGGUGAAUGAGAGCGGGCGAGAUGCUGUGGUGACUUGGAAUGCACUCCAGAUCACUGACAAUGUCGGAGUAGACGCAGGAACCUUGUCGAGUACCCAUAACUCAGGCGACACAUUUCCGUUUGGUGGUCCCACCACAGUCACAGUCAAUGUGGCUGAUGUGAAUGGCAAUACCAACUUCUGCAGUUUCACUGUCACAGUCUCAGACAUGGAGCCUCCAGUAUUCCAAACCUGUCCCGAUGACAUCAUCGGCAUCCCUACCGAUGCCAUCACUUGGACCACACCCACUGUGACAGACAACACCGUUAUCUUUACAUUGAUCGCCUCUAGAUCCCCGGGUAUGUUCAGCCUGGGAGUGCAUCAUGUGACAUACACGGCGACUGAUGACCAUAACAACCAGCAAACAUGCACAUUCACUAUUACCAUUGAAGAGAACAACAAGCCCAUGGUGUCCAACUGCCCGGUCAUGUUGACCCGUUAUAUACCCGAGGGUGAGAGUCAGGUAGAAGUGACAUGGACCGAACCCACAGCUACCGACCAGGAUGGCAUCGCUAGGAUAGAGCAGAACUUCUACCCCGGACAGAACUUCACCCUGGGAGCGUAUCAGGUCACCUACAUGUUCAUUGAUAACGCAGGAUUUGCAGCCACGUGCCAGUUUGUUCUGAAUGUUGAACGAACUCCCGACACCACCCCACCAGACAUCACAAACUGCCCCAUGGACCAAGCAGAGACACUCCCAGAGGGCCAGAUCAAAGUGGGUGUGUCCUGGACCGAGCCCACCAUCGUCGAUGCCAGGGGAACAGUCAGUGUGGACGUGAACUAUCGGCCGGGGGACCUAUUCUCAGCUGGUACUACGCAAGUGGUUUAUGUGGCUACUGAUGGUGCUGGUAACACAGCUAACUGCACAUUCAAUGUGCAUGUCGAUGUGAUUGACACGGUCAAUCCCUUCUGGAGUGGCUGUCCUGGUGACAUCCAGGCCUUUGUUCCAUUUGGCACGCCCUCUAAAUCAGUGACCUGGACUCCGCCCACCGCCUCGGAUGCCAUCAGCUCGGUCACCACCACGGCGUCACACACUCCCGGUGCCCAGUUCAACGUUGGAGACACCCAAGUGGUCUACACGGCUACCGACGUGGCUGGUAACCGGGGGUAUUGCAACUUCACCAUCACUAUCACAGAGGCUGUUGACACACAGGACCCCAUCAUUAACGGCUGCCCCAUGAAUAUCACCAGAGAAGUCAACCCAGGCAUCACGCAGCUGUCUGUCUCCUGGACCCCACCCACGGCCAUUGAUGAUUUUGGCACUCCGUCGUUUGUCUCCAACUUUCAGGUUGGGCAUACCUUCGCAGUCAGUACGCAUGAGGUCGUGUACACGGCCACAGACGGGUCUGGUAAUAGUGCCGAAUGUAGAUUCUCCAUCACGAUAACUGCUCUCACUGACUCGACCCCACCGACUAUCUCCAACUGUCCCGCCAAAAUAACCAGGCGUGUUGGCGCUGCCGUGACGUCUAUCAUCGUUGCCUGGACACCUCCCACGGCCUCCGAUGAUUUCUCCGGCGUCAGUCUCACCACGACCCACAAUCCGUCCAACUCGUUCCAGUCCGGGACGACGGUUGUCACAUACACAGCUGAAGAUGGCGUUGGCAACACAGUCACCUGUGUCUUCAGUGUCAACAUUAUCAAUGAUGCCACCGCUCCUGUCUUUGUGGGAUGCCCAAGUGAUGUCGGUGCGACUGCUCCCCCAGGCCAGAAUCAGGCCACUGCAUCCUGGACGCCCCCUACCGCUACCGACGACUCCGGGGAACCAGUUAACCUGCAAACCACUCACGAGCCCCCCACGCUAUUCAACCUGGGCAUGACGACGGUCACCUACACGGCCUUUGAUAACUACGGCAAUUCAGACACCUGUUCUUUCGUUGUCGACGUUGUCGAUGAUCAAGGUGCGCCAACCAUUCUGAACUGCCCAGACAGCAUCAAUCAUUACGUGGCGUCAGGGGUACCCCAAGCCAACGUAGCGUGGACCGCUCCUACAGCGCUUCCCGCUUCAGCGACUCUAACGACCGACCGUGAACCAGGGACUAGCUUCAACGCUGGUACUAGCACACUGGUAACCUACACGGCUACAGACGACCUCAGCCGCUCUUCCACUUGCUCAUUUACUGUUGCUGUCAUAGUGGAUACCCAGGCUCCAGUGAUAGUGAAUUGUCUGUCCAAUAUUGCAGAGACCGUACCCCAGGGUCAGACUUCCCUCUCCGUCAGCUGGACUCCUCCAGUAGCCACUGACAAUUCAGGUCAAGUCACUCUGACACCGUCACACAAUCCUGGCGAUGGUUUCACGGUACAGACCACGCCGGUCACCUACACGGCUACAGAUCCAUUUGGUUUGACGGCAGUGUGUCAAUUCACUGUGACUGUCACAGUUUCUAACGACAACACGUUACCAGUGAUUUCCAACUGCCCGUCCAAUAUCGCGAGAGCGACAGACACUGGUCUGGCCACGGCCUCAGUCACAUGGACCGCUCCCACGGCAACCGAUGACCAAGGAGCUGUAACGUUGACGUCCGACAUCUCCCCUGGAUUUGCCUUCCCUAUUGGGAUGACUGAAGUUACGUACACGGCUAUCGAUGGCAAUAACAACCAAGUCACUUGCGUGUUCACUGUCACUGUUACUGAUGAAGAGAACCCUACUCUUGCUAACUGUCCACAGAGUUUCACUCUGUCCGUGGCCCAAGCCACGGAUCAGGCCAUCGCUAAUUGGACGCCGCCGACCGCCUCAGACAACUCGGGCACGGUAACCCGGACGACGACCUUUGAACCUGGCCAAUCACUGUCUGUGGGCCAAUAUCCGGUGACGUAUACAGCAACGGACCCUGCUGACUUGACGGCAACAUGCACGUUCACUGUCACUGUACAACCUAGUACGGGCUGUAAUGCCAGUCCCUGCAACAAUGGUGGUGCAUGCAUCCCUGCUGCUAAUAAUGGAUUCACCUGCUCAUGUACAUCAUUCUGGAUGGGUACAACCUGUGAUGAGGAUGUCAAUGAAUGUGCGUCGGCCCCAGCAACUUCCGAGUGUUCAGCUAGGGGAUUGAGCUGUUUCAACCGACUGGAUCCCGUUGGCUACACCUGUGACUGCCCUGUGGGCUUCGUGAGAGCUGGAAACUCUGACAAUUGCUUAAGGGCGAGAAGUUUCCGCUUCCGAAUCACCAUUGUUGAGAUCAACGGAGCUCUAGCUGUGUUUGUCACAGGCCUGGGCAAUUCCAAUACCGUUAUUUUCCUGAGUCAUCAAAUACGACUUCAAGUUUUGUUUGCUCUGGUGUUUAGUGGCAUGCCGGGCUUUGGCAAUGUCGUCGUGCUGUUCUUCUCCCCCGGUAGCAUCGUGGUUGAAGCGGUGGUCAAUUUUGACCCAAGUUCAACAGUGACUCAGGAGGACGUCAAUAACGCCGUGCGGCAAGGAAUCACCACUGGAGAUCUGCUCAUGGGAUCCGAAUACAAGGUCACUCCUAGUCCUUCAGUUGUCAUCGAAGAGGUUUGUGUUGAUGGUUACUGCCAGAAUGGAGGGACGUGUGCACCGAGCUCUGCCAGCUAUCUCAGUACAUGCAUAUGCCCAUCGGGAUAUGGCGGUGACAGAUGCCAGAGUAUGAUUGUAACAACAACUACACCUGCGCCCGGUGGCGGAGGCCUGUCCACAGAAGCCAUCAUUGCCAUUGCCGUUGGGGCUGCUGUAGCACUGCUACUCAUAUUACUGAUAUCCUUGGCGGUGUGCUACCUGGCGACACGAGGCAGAGGCAGGCGAAGCGACUAUUUGUACAGAGAGGAUUACGAGGGUGACAGAGGCCCGAAACACCGCACCAACGGGUCGGUGUAUGACGUACAGUUCCAACCAAGAGAGAAUAAUGGCUACAGGCCCUCAGCAGCAUCGCAGUUCUCUGUUCCUUACAUGGCAUCCGGGAGAGAAGCUGGAAUCCCGCUUCACCGGCUGAUAGACAGAGGGGAUGCUGAUUACUACUAGAUGAGGUCAAAGGUCAUGGUUGCUCAACGUUCCUGGUGACCCCUGACCUCUUCAAGAAAUUUAAUGUGCAUAACUGUAUAUGAGGAAGAAUAUUUUAAAACUGCUAUGCAAAUGAUUCUGUCAUUGUUACGGCAUGGACGAUAAUAUAUAUAUUUACUUUGAAUGACUUAGGUGAUUUUGAAACUAGCUAAGGCCUCUAUAUUUUAAAUGCAAAAGUUGGUAGCCAGGUCUUUUUAAAUUUGAAAGAUUAAUGGAUCAUAAGUUAUGAUCAUUAGCAAUAAUAAGACAAACUAUAUUCAAUUGAGAUACCGGUACAUAGUUUUAAGCAAUAUAUAUUUAACCUCAUGUAACUUACUAGUACUAAUUAUGUCUAUUCUAGAACAAUAACUCUUUCUGAAGUAGAGCAGAUUUAUUCAAUUUUAAUCACUCUGUGCAAGGCUCAAUGACUCGAAAACACCGAUUUUAUAAAAGAUUAUUGUACUAUAUCUAUGCACAUUAUCCAGAUAUAUGAAUGCAAUAUUAUAUAGAAUUUGUUUUGCGUUGUAUGUUAACAGUACUUACAAAAAAAAUAUCUGAUUAAUUGGCGUAAAGUCAUGUCCCUCAUAUCAAAACACAGAUUGUGAGAAUUUAGUGUCAAUGUGCCAAACUUAUACUGAAGGAGUACUUUCGAUUGGAAUGCUAUAUUUUGGGCUCUUAAACAUCUUCCCCUGAAAUGGUAAUUGGAUUAAUGAACAAUGAAUAAGAUAUAUGUAAUUGCACACAACCAUUCCAUGAAAACAUGUGAUUUUCAUGUAUUUUUGCACUACAGAAUGCUGGUACUGCGUGCAAUGUAACAGCCCUAGUGUGAUGGCUCUAAUCACUUCUAAAAUUUGUUCAGGCGAGGCCAACAACGUGUUUAAACAAAAUUGUCAGACCUACAUGUAAACGAACAAGGUUUUCAAUAUUUUCUCAAUGAAUGUGAGACAUUAUUUGGAAUUCCUGUCUUUGUCCCUGACCUUUGAACAAUCUAAAGCACUAAAUUUUGGCGAUCUUUAGAUCAAAGGGCACCAAUAUCUCAAGCCAAUAGAAGCCAAUUUUUUUUUUGAAAAGAAAUCCAGAACUUAAAAGGUGUAAAUCUGGUAAAACGGGUUUUAAGUAUAGUUAAAUGCUUAAUCAUGUGUUGACAACUAUGGUUGAAUUUUGCAAUAAAAAUACACUGGGAACAUAUAUCGUUCCAUAAGGCGUUCCUUUGAAAAUUUGGGAGCCAAUGGUAUAGCGCUGUUUGUUACGGCAAUUAUGUAGCAAUUGAAGUAUGAAUAUAAUAAUAACUGACACUGUCAUUUCCCAAAAUAUUAUUAACUAGUGCCAAGUGUACAUUAUGAUUAAAAGUAAGUUUGAUAGAUAA